AUGCGCGUAAUUCCACCAAAAGUUGCCGCUGCUCCAACCAUAGCGUACAUUCCUGAGGGCAACCAUAUGCCGGCCGGAACUUUCAGGCCAAAAGUUACGACCGCUAUGAAGAAUUUCAGCACGGACGCGAUUAAGAGUAGAAAAGCGGAUUUCAAGUAA